AUGCUCUGUAGUUUAAUUUAUAUGAGCUUAGUGUUUGCUAUAUAUUUAUCAGCAACAUCUACUGGUCUCAAUGUAAUGACCCAGAUCUUUGAGUAAAAAGGCUAUGAUUAUUUGGGUAACAUUUCAAUUUUCACUAUCUUCUUAUUUGGAAUGAUUGGAAACUUUGUAUGUAAAUAAAAAUAUUAAUAUUUUAGGUAUUUUAUACAUUAGAAAAUUGCAAUAUAGACAUAGUUUUUUUAUUCAUUCUCUAGGAUAUUUACUAUUUUUGAUAUCUGGUUUAUUAGUUUGUCAUUGUGCAGAUAAAGAAGGUGGAAUGUGUAAUAGUUUCUGGAUCUAUUUAAUAACAAUUAUUUCAUCAGCCAUAAGUGGAUUUACAUCAUCUGGUUUGUUUAUUACAUAAAAUGAUUAUGUAGCAUAAUUGAGUAAAUAAUCAAAAAAAGCUGGAUUAUAUUAUGGAAUUGCAUGGGCAGUUCUAUAAAUAUCAUAAGUUAUAGGGAGCUUAUAUUCAGCAUUUAUUAUUGUUCAAAUAAAGUAAUUCUAUUUUUAUUGUUUGAUGGUGGCUGUAGCAACUUUUGGUUCAUUAUCUUUUCUUUUUGUUUCAUAACCAAAAUAAUAUACUUAAAGCAUUGUUUAACUUUAAGAAGAUGACAAAGAAAUCUCUAACAAUGAGGAAAUGAAUAAAUUAAAUCCAAUUUCUGUCAUUUUAACAAUGAAAGAAUUUAGAGUCAAAUGCUUUAUCUUUCCGAUGAUGAUUACUGGUUGUCUUUUGAGUUUUCAAUGGAAUGUUAUGCAUUAUAUUAUAGAAAAUUCUAUUGAUACAUAAUUACUUAGUGAUGAAGAGAUUACUAAAUAUACUUUAUUAGUUAUGACAGUUUUAGGAUGUUGUGAAGUCUUAGGAGGAGUAAUAAUAUUAAUAUUAUAUAUAUAGAUAUUUAUAGGUGUAUUUAAUACUUACACACCAAAAUAUACAAGUUAAUUAUUGCAAUUUCAUUUAAUAUCCAUAGCAUUAUUAUUGGCUAUAAUUAAUACUUAUGAAUAGAAAUAUGGUAUAUGUUUUUUAAUUGCUAUUCUUUGGGGAUUAGUUGAUUGUGGAACUACAUCUACAUUAUUGGCUAUAAUUGCAUAGGAUUGGAAUGAUUAAAUCUAAUAUUUUGGACUCUUUAAUUUUUUAUAAUGUUGUGGAGGAAUGAUAUCUACAAUUAUAUCAAUAAUAUUAUCAUGUAAAUAUAUUAUAUAUAAAUAGAAUAACCAAUUGAAUGGUCUAUAUUCUUCUUAUUAAUUUGUGUAUGUGUUAGUAAAUUUAGUAUCUCUUGUUAUUAAAAAUUGUACAUAAAAUAAUGA